AUGGGAUCUUUGAGUGAAGAAGCAUAUAAAAUAGUUUUAGGAAACACGGAAUCUUAUAACAUAUACAAUGAAUUUGAUGCAGUAGAUAGUUCCACUAAAUACACUAACUACUGUAAUGAUUUUAAAAAAUUAUACAAAUUAAAUGAUGAAAGUAAUGGAAAUUAUUGUGUAAAAAUUGCAAAAAAUUUAGAAAAAUUACAUGAAUCAUCCAAUACAUCAAAUCUCAGAGAUAGCUGUUUACACUACAAACACUGGAUAUACAGUAGAAUAUUGAAUUUAGUGAAUUCAGAAAAUAAUGAAAUUACACAUGUUAUCAAUUAUUUUCUUGAGUUACAAAAAUAUAUUUCUGAAAAACUAAAAAAUUACCGAUGCUUUUAUCAUUUUCAUGGUAACGAUUUAGAAUACUUGAAGCAAUUAAAUGAAGAGAAAUAUUUGUAUGAAUACUUUAAGUAUUACUACAUUAUUUAUAAUAAGAUUACACCUCAUAUUGUUGAAAAAGACAAUUAUAUCAUAUAUCUUUCAUAUAUUGAUCAAAUAUAUAAGAAACAUAAGAAUAGUUAUUGUUGUACUUAUUAUGGUUUGAAUGAUUAUUGUGCUCAUUAUUUUACGUGCGACGAAAGAUACGAUCCUAAUAAUCUUUUAUGUAAAAUAAAUAAUGACAACACUUCAUCCGAUUGUAAACCAAAGGGUCCAGUUUCAUCGGAAAAAGGUUCUAAGGGGGAGAAUUCUGGAAACAUAAAUUUCGAAGAAAUAAAACCAUUUUACUUUAGUUGUAAGGAAAUAAAAAGUGAAAAAGGUGUUCCAUUUUUAUCAUGCUUUGUAUUACGAACUGAUUAUAAGGAUACUAAAAAAGGAAAUCAAGCUAAAAUCAAUCAACCUAUAGAUUUAUCUGUGGGUUAUAUAUCGAAAGCUAUAGAAAAAAUCAAAUAUAGUUCUUGUGUUAAAAAUAAUAAAAAUCCAAAGAAUGAGCAUUCUGCUUAUACAUGUAUUCCUAAAAGUGACAUUCAAAAUCAGGAUAAAAGAGAUCAUAUAUAUACGGGAGAACGAGAUUCAUUUCAACGGGAUGGUGAAUUUGAAGAAUCAACAUCUUCAUCUUCUAAACCUUCAAAUAUAGAUAUAAGAUGGAUGAUAAAUGAAAGUAUCUUGGAAUGCCCGGCUAACUCUUCUGAUAAACUUAGGCAACAGCUUUGUGAAUACAUAUCAGUACUAAAAGAAAAAGGGGAUAUUCAAAAUCACACAAAAACUGAAAAUAAUAAACCUUUUGAUUUGACACAUCAACCAGUGCAUACAUCAAAGGAAAUAAAAGCAACAAUCAAUUUAAAUAAUUUUAAGUGUGAUUCUGUGAAUCAAGAUUUCUGCGAAAAUUUAAAAAAAUCAUUUUUAUCUGAAAUAAAAGAAGAGGUAAAAACAGAGAAUCAUCAUGAUACAAGAAAUAACACGUCAUUUCAGGGAAGUAAUGAAACAGAAGGUAUUUCAGAAAGUACACUUAUAAUAACUCCUAACGUUUUAGAACAAAAUUAUUCUAUAUUUAAAAUUUUCAUUUUCCGUGUAUGUAUUGUUGUUACUAUUGUAAUUGGAACCAUAUUCAUAUUUUUUAUAUAUUAUAAGUUUACUGGCUUUGGAAGAUGGUUUGACAAGAUAGUAUUAAAGAAAAAAAAUUCUAAGGCUAAUUUUUAUUAUAAUGAAAAUAAGAGAAUGCCAGAGUAUACACCUGAAUAUAUGUAUUAUAGCUCUAAAAACAAAAGGACACGUAUAUCAUAUACUCCUGCAUAA